CAGUAUCAUAGGAGGACCCGCCGGCAAGAACGGGUGAAAUACCAAGGGAGGAACUAGCGGCAUCCACGCUUCUUUUAUGUGUCUUUCUUUUCUUCACUAAUAAAUCGGCACUUCCGCAACAACCAGCUUACAUAUGGCUGUAAAUGUGUACUCGACCUCUGUGACCAGCGACAAUUUGAGUCGUCAUGAUAUGCUGGCGUGGAUCAACGAAUCCCUUCAAUUCAGCAUUUCCAAGAUUGAACAUCUGUGUUCAGGAGCAGUAUAUUGCCAGUUCAUGGAUAUGCUGUUUCCUGGCUGUGUCCCACUGAAGAAGGUCAAAUUUGCAGCCAAGCUUGAACAUGAAUACAUUCAGAAUUUCAAGAUACUUCAAGCUGGUUUCAAAAGAAUGGGUGUCGAUAAAAUUAUUCCUGUGGACAAGUUAGUUAAAGGCAAGUUCCAGGACAACUUUGAGUUUGUCCAGUGGUUUAAGAAGUUCUUUGAUGCCAACUAUGAUGGCAGAGAGUACGACCCCGUGGAAGCGCGGCAGGGUCAGGACUCCGGCGCCGUGCCCUCUCCAGCACCGCCAGCCCUUAACAAGCCCAAGAAGGUCAUGGCUGCAGCUCCCCCACGCCCUUCAGCUAAGGUAGCUCCCAAGAUGGCCCCUGGAGCCACACGGAGGCCCGGCAGCAGUGGAGACGAAGAGAGGGCAGAGCUUAUCCAGGAGCUUAAUCUACUGAAGUCCACAAUUCAAGACAUGGAGAAGGAGCGGGACUUUUAUUUUGGCAAGUUGCGAAACAUUGAGCUGAUUUGCCAAGAGAAGGAAGGGGAAGGAGAUGAAACGCUGCAGAAGAUCAUCGAUAUUCUCUAUGCCACAGACGAGGGCUUUGUGAUACCCGAUGCGGAGUCUGAAGACCAGGAGGAGUUUUAAGACCUCUUACUGGACCAGGCGUCGCUCCUGUCGCCUCCUCCAACCACCUCUUUCUUUUGGACACCCCUCUUCCCACAAGCAGUUUUAAAAAAACAAAUCAAUUCUGAAGGCUUUGUGCCUUUUGGAAGAAUUAGUCUUUCCAAUUGAACUGUUGCAUCCAACCGUGUUUUAGAAGUGUGCCGCGUUGAUGAGCUUGAAGAACUCCCUGUGAAGACCCCACUGGCAGCUCUGUGGCCAGAUCCCAAUGUGGAGCACAGGGACAAGACCAUCUUCAGUGCCGCCCCAUGUUGAGAGGAGAAGAUUAUUUGUGAGAUUCAACUUUUUUCUCCUUUAUUUUCUUGGCCUUUCUUUGUUCACGGCACACAUCGUUCUCAAAUUGUCUUGUACCUGCAAUGUUGUAAAUCCAACCCAGUCUCACACCCUCAAAUUUUGAGGUUUACAUAAUUUAGUCCAUUGUGGUGCAUCAUGAUUUUUUUCCCCACCAAAUUUUCAUGGUAUGUUUGUGCAGAAAUGCAAUCCUGUUUAAACAUUUUAGCAGCCUGCUUUGGUGAAACCCAGUGAUGGGACUUAAACCUUUUUGCCAAAGCAUUUGAUGCAUUGUGAGAAGUUAUGCAAGAGUGCAGGGCACAUUUUUCUUUCUAAUUCCCAAAGCAAACUAGAAUCAGCGGUCUCUAAUACAUUCUUUGGCCAAAACUUGCCUUUACAAGAAAAAAAUACUGCCAGAGCCUUUAUUCGCAGGCCAGAGUCUAAGACGUCUGUUCAACUCUGUUGAAACUGCCUUGAAAGUGUUUCUUGAUUAUAUCUGAUACAGACCAGAGUGGUGUGGCUUUCGAAUGUUGCAGUUGGUUCCCCUUUUUGCAAUAGACGUCAAGGGGAAUGCUCUUUACUAUGGAUGUCAAAUGUUAUUUAGUUGCCUUUUUAAGAAGUUCAUUUCCUAGAGUUAAUUCCACUCACUAUUUAAUGAAGUUAUGUUUAUUGGAAUGUAUGUUUUUUUUUUUUGUUCUUUUCCCCCAUCUGUGCACCAUGUCCACCCUCCACUACCACACACAACUCCAGUUAAGGAGCAUGCUUUUGCAUCCCCAUAUACUAAAGCUGCCUGUUACUUGUGCAAUGACUACCCAGGUUAAACCUGCCUAUACUCUAUAGAUGAUGGUAUCAACAUAUGACAUCUAGAUUUUCACCCAAAUACUUUGUGAGGAAACACUCCCUUGGAUGCUUGAUUGCAAAGGAAAUCUUGCUUGAGCACAAUCACUUCAACAUUAACAACUUAGGAAGGUGUUUGUUUCAUUGUGUUACUUCACCCGUACGGUGUAUUUUGUGCCAAUUGGAUGUGUCUACCCCUGGUUUUGAGUUUUAAUUUUGCCGUGUGUGUGCGUGUGUGGUUAUAGUUGGGGCAUCUUAGAUUUCUUCUUUUUUGAAGGGCGGUGAAGCCAAGGAUGCACAUUCAAGAAUAGUGACAUUUUCUUCCAGUGUGAGGGGUAUGGUGGGCGUGAUUGCCUUCUGUGGCCUUCCAGAACAAUCUGCAGAGAGAUACUUGUGCACUGUGGGGCCAAUGGGCCACUACUGCUUUCAAUUUUCUUUUUCUAUCUUUUGUAUGCUCACUCACUGUCCUUUUAUGUCCCCUUUUGUACUUGCAGGUUGUUAGUUUUUACUUUUUAAAUAGUUUUAACUGGUCUGUUUCUUACAAACAAUAAACCUGUAUUUACAUGUGAAA